AGUUGUCAUUAUCAUAUUAUGAACUGCUCGUUAUCUUCAGGAGCGAAUGGAGAAUCAUCGCAAAGCAAUAGCCGGGGACCUGAUAUCGAGUUUGAAGAAAUCUUUGGUGGUGAUGAUGCUCCUGCCGAAGAAGAAGAGGAGGAAGAAGGGGAAAACCUCUUUGGCGAAAAUAUGGAGAGAGACUAUCGCCCUCAGCCUGAGUUAGAUGUGUACUCGGGGUCUGGUUUGGAUGAUGACUCUGAGUUGCAAGAGUUAUCUCCUGCAGCUCGUCGAGAAGCAGAAAUGGAGAUGGACCGGCGCGAUAAUGUUGCUGAUGAUCUAGGCUUGUUUUAUGAACAGGAUGAUGAGCGUGAGACACGGAGCAGGCGCAGAAGAUUUGGACGACGGGAAGAGGAUAUAGGUGAAAUGCCAAUGGAGGAGGAGGAAAUGCCUAUUGACAUAUUAGAGAAUAUGAGGGGAAGAUCCACUCGUGACCACGUUAAGGACGAAGCUGUUGGCAAGGAAAUUGAAAGACGUUUUAAUAGUUUUCUCCGUGCCUACAAGGACCCUGAAACUAAGAAGCUGAAAUACAUCGAAGCUAUAAAACUAAUGGUAGCUGACAAUCGGGAAUCGUUAAUUGUUGACUAUGAUGAUUUAGCACAAGAAACUGGAGAGCAAAAUAUUUGCUAUUUCUUGCCAGAAGCUCCAGCUCCUGUCCUUUCUCGCUUGGAUCGUGCAGCCACGGACGUUGUUUUAAUGAUGUAUCCGUAUUACACUCGUAUCACUCCUGAGAUAAAGGUUCGCAUUCGCGGUCUGCCGGUCGAGGAAGAAAUCCGGAUGUUGAGACAGGCGCAUUUGAAUAUGCUAAUCAAAGUAACUGGCGUGAUGACAAUUACUACAGGUAUUCUGCCGCAGCUCUCCAUUGUUAAGUUUGAUUGUACCUCUUGCGGCUACCUGCUGGGACCAUUUUUACAACGGGAAGAUGAGGAAGUGAAGCCAUCGACAUGCCCAUCUUGUCAGAGUAGAGGACCGUUUGAACUAAACAUGGAAGAAACAAUAUAUCGUAAUUAUCAGCGUAUAACUAUACAAGAGGCCCCAAACACCAUAGCCGCUGGGCGUCUUCCUCGAAGUAAAGACGUGGUUCUGACUGGCGAUCUUUGCGAUUCUUGUAAACCAGGAGAAGAGAUAACAGUAACUGGCAUAUAUAAGCUCGUCCUUGACAUGUCAUUGAACAACAAACAAGGGUUUCCGGUCUUUAACACUAUUAUUGAAGCUAAUCAUAUAGACAAGAAAGAUGGUAUUGUAUCAGACAGUCUCACCGAUACAGACAUUGAGGCUAUACGAGACUUAUCAAAGGACAGCUCCAUUUCUGAGAGAAUUUUUGCAAGCAUAGCGCCUUCUAUAUACGGACACAAAGAUAUUAAACGUGCUAUUGCUUUAGCGCUUUUCGGUGGUGAGCACAAGGACCCUAAACAGAAACACAAGCUUCGAGGAGAUAUCAAUGUGUUGCUGUGUGGUGAUCCGGGUACCGCAAAGUCACAGUUCCUAAGAUAUGCUUCUCAUAUUGCUCCCCGUGCUGUAUUAACUACAGGACAAGGGGCUUCUGCUGUUGGUCUAACUGCGUACGUUCAGCGCCAUCCUGUGACAAAGGAAUGGACACUUGAGGCUGGAGCAAUGGUUCUCGCGGAUAAAGGGGUCUGUCUCAUUGAUGAGUUCGACAAGAUGAAUGACCAGGACAGAACAUCUAUACACGAGGCAAUGGAACAGCAGUCGAUCUCGAUAUCGAAAGCUGGGAUAGUGACUUCUUUGCAGGCGAGAUGUACUGUAAUCGCUGCAGCAAACCCAAGUGGAGGCAGAUACGACCCGUCUCGGACAUUUUCGGAUAACGUUGAUCUCACCGAACCAAUCUUGAGCCGUUUCGAUGUUCUCUGUGUUGUUAGAGAUAUUGUUGAUUCGGUAGAAGAUGAAAGACUUGCCAAAUUCGUUGUAAGUAGUCAUCGGAAACUACACCCUAACGCGCUUGCUAGGAACUUAGAUAAUGAUGACACAAAUACGAAAGGGAAAGAAUUUGAUGUGGAACUAAUCCCACAGGAUCUACUCCGGAAAUAUAUAAUUUAUGCCAGGGAACGUGUUCAUCCAAAAUUGGAGUUGGUGUCACACGAAAAAAUAACGAAACUCUACACUGAGCUGAGAAAGCAGUCAAAGUCUACUGGAGCAGUUGCGGUCACAGUGCGACAGAUUGAGUCUCUAGUGCGUCUUGCUGAAGCGCAUGCCAAACUACAUCUUCGGAAUUAUGUUUGCGAAGAUGAUGUUGACGUUGCAAUAUCGGUGAUGCUGGAGUCAUUCAUCAGUACACAGAAAGCGAACACUGUUAGAUUCAUGAGAAAAGUAUUUUCAAAAUACUUAAAUGCUAAUCGUGACAACAACGAGCUUUUGCUGUUCUUGUUGAAACAACUUGUGCGAGACCAGCUCAGAUAUGAGCAGGCUCGUGGCCAGGGGUCUGAAGUUUCAGCUGUUGCAGUUCCAGAAGAAGACUUCGUUGACAGAGCUCGGCGGAUGCGUAUUGAGAAUGUUAAGAACUUCUAUCGGUCUCCUGUCUUUGUUUCGAAUCAUUUUAUGUACGAUUCUGCCCGAAAAGUCAUUGUUCAACAGUUUUUCUGA